AUGCAUACCAAAGUGAUCUUAUUCGCAACCAUUGUGGCCGGCGUUGCGCUCAGCACCGCCUUACCGGUUGGUGACAACGAAAAUGGCAAGUAUCAGAAUUCGGUAGAUAAUAAAAACGAUGGCAAAUAUCAUCCAAGCAAUGAUGGCAAAUAUCGUCCAAGUUCUCGCGGCGAAGGCGCAAGAGGCGGUUACUAUGAUGCUCAGGGACGUUACAUACACAGUUCGCAGCCAUAUCGUCACGUGCACGAUAACCGAGAACUUGGCAAAUACACGCACAUCCCCUAUCCCUACGAUGGUGGUUAUGGGCCCUACAACGGAACCAACAUUCCGUAUAUGCAUGUCGAUGUGCCCUAUGACCACAAUCUUUACACAUCCACAACAACAACAACGAAGAAACCCACAACAACCACGACCACCACAACAACGACUACCACUACCACAACACCACGCACGGUGCUGUUCAACUACGAUGAGGAGGGCAAAUACAAGGUGGUGCAUCAGGAGGAUGCGCGCAAAGAGGACAAAUACGAUCACUCUUACUUGACGGAGAACGGCAUCUACGGUGAAGAGCAAGCGAAAUUGCACAAGAACGGCGGCACCGACGCGAAGGGCUUCUACGAGUACACCGGCGAUGAUGGCAAACUCUACCGCGUGCACUACGAGAGCAACCACAACGGUUUCGUACCCAAGGGCGAUCACAUUCCCACACCACCGCCAAUCCCAGAGGCCAUCGCACGCGCACUCAAAUACGUCGACGAUUUGCGCAAAUCUCGCGGCGAAACACCCAUGUUCGAUCAACGCGGUUUCCGCAUCGACCAAAUGGCAUCCAAGGCUUUCAUGGCCAAAAUCAAGUCGAUCCACUUGGAGGAGAUGCCCAAAGAGAUCAGCGAACAAAUCAUCGAACUGCAGCACGAAGUCGAAGAGUACCAACAAAUGAUACAGGCAUACGAGCAGGAGCAACCACGUGAGCAAUAUGUCGAAGAGUAUCAGCAGCCACAGCAACAGCAACAACAGCAACAGCAACAACAAUAUGAGCAGCAAUAUCAAGAGUACCAAAGCGAGCUGUACAACGAGCAGGCCACCGAGAGCAACACACAGGCGUACAACUAAGCCGAGCAGUACGCUGCAAAUAGGUGCCAUUUAAUUACAAACAAGGAAGAAUAUAGCAAUAACAAAUUGAAAAAAAACUAAAAAUCCAUAAAAACAAAUUGAGAAUUAGACGAAUUGCAGCACAUCAGUUA